AUGGAAAGAUGGCUGGAGCCCUCGUUGCAGAACAAGCCGAGUUUCGAGGAGGCAGGAUUGAUGCGUCACGGCGUGCUGGAGACGAUGGCGCCGUUGGGCACGCUGCCAAAGCCCAAAAGGGGCGGGCAGGACAACGUUCCGGCUUCUGCGGUGCGCAAGAUCAUCCUCAGGCCCUCGGGCGCAGGCAGUGCAGCCAAGGCGGCGGCGACGAAUGAUGCUGCUUCAUCUCCCUUGAGUACCACCGCUGCUGUGGCGGAUUUGCCCACCUCCACGGCCAACACCACCACAUCGACCACUGCCACCACGCCGUCUUCCACGUCUCCUUCUCCCAUCAUGGUCCCUCCCGCUUCCGCUCCUGCCACUGUGGCCCUGGAGCCCGCAUCAAAGACCACUAGCCCCCUAUCAACGUCGCGCAGGCAAGCGCGGAAGUCUCUAUCUCUACACAAGGAGGAGCUGGAUGAUGAUGAUUAUGAGCCUAGGAGGCCUCAUCGCAAACAAUCUACGAUACCAUCACUGCCCCCUAAAAAAGGGCGACCGCCUCUGACUCUUCGCCGAAGCUCUCACUCUCACGCCUCAGGCCCUCUCUCACCCGUGAAAGGCCGGCCAAAGAUGCAGCAAUCAAUCGAGACCCGAGGCAACGAGCUUGCUGAGAAGGUGGUGGAAGCGGCUGUGCAAGAGGCACUGGAUCAUCAUCGGUAUCCUACGGCUUGGGCUUUGAAAAAGCUCUACGAGGAAAAUGCCGGGGACGCUUCAUUUGUGACCAUGGUUGAGGAUGUCUUCACCCAGACUGCCGACGAAAACACGCUGCGAGAUUUUUCACGCCGCGUUAAGAGGAAGAAACGUGAAGGAAACACGGACAAACAAGCCUGUUACCGGUUUUUCCAGCUUACGACCAACAGCCACUUCACACCUCAGAAGGCUCUGCCUGCCCCAUAUGCACACCUCAUCCACCACGACGAAGAGGAGGACGAGCUUGAGCCCGAGCCCGAGCCUCGCGCAUCCAAGAAAAUCAAGGUGACUCAUUCCAAGGCAGCGAAAGCGACAGGCCGACGGUCGUCGUUGGCGUCGUCAGCAGCUGUCAACGGCAACAAGCUCAGGACACCGGGGUCGCGCCGGAGAGCAAGGCGAGGAUCUGGUUCAAGCGACUCAUCUCUAUCUUCGGCCAUCAGCCUCUCCUCACCCGAGGUGUCCCGUGCUUUGGCCAGCCCAACGCCAGGGCUCCGGAGAGCUCGAGCCAAGGCCAAAGGGCCAGAGGAAGAGGCCGUGGUGGCUCCCGCCACCACCAGCACAAUCAUCUCCACUACCGCCAAUUCCAACUCCGAACCCCCGUCACAGUCUAGUGGUGCCCCCAAGCCCCGGCCAAUCACCACACGGGGCAAAUCACUCGCCUCCAGCAAGCAUCAGCAGACGGCUGCGUCCAACACAUCGCGGCCAAACUCUCCCACACUUUCUUCCUCUGCACAUCGUCCCCAACGCAAAAAACGGGCUGCUGUUGAUGAUGCCAGUAUGCCGGGACGCCUCGCUCCAGAAGAGCCACCUGUCAGCAAAUCUUUUACUACGCCCUCCGCCAAGAACAGUCUUCAGGCGCAAAUGCUCGAUGGCUACGAGGACAGCUGGGAUCGCCGGCGGGAUGCUCAGAAGGUGACCAACAAUUACACGGCCGUUGAGAGUUCAAUCAGGGAGGCUGAAGAGGAGCAGCUGUCGACGCCUGCCAAGUCGACGCGGAGGUCGACGCGCCAGUCCCUCAACGCGCCCCCAAGCACCCGGGCGACUCGCUCGGCUCGCAAGAGAUCCAUCGAGGUCAGCGACAGGACUGCAUCCCCCGUGUCCGUCAUGAAUCACGGUGGUGAAGGAAGCUCAGUCUUCGGGUCGCGUGCUGUCACGCCGACAAACCUGCCGCCGGCCAAGAAGCAGAAGACUGGCCUUCGCGUGAAGCUAUCACCUAUCAAGAAAAAAGGAGGAACUGCUGCUGGUAUCCCUCGUCCACAGGGCGAAGGUCAAACAGGCGGUGCUCCGGGCGCUCAAAAGGAACAGGCUUCUGAUAAUGAUGAAUACUGCUCGGCCUGCGGGAAUGUGGGCGACGUGGUUUGCUGCGAUGGCUGCCCAAGGUCGUUCCACUUCGAGUGCGUCGAUAUGGAUCGCGAUGAAGACUUGCCAGCGGAGUGGUACUGCAAUGAGUGUCUGGUAAAGAAUUUCCCGUCGCGCGUCCCCGUGCACAAGGGAGUCUUUGGGGCCGCCCUGAACAGCUUGGAAAAGUGCAUUCCCCGCGCCUUCAGCCUACCUAAGAAGUUACAGAACCGAUUUGAAGGUGUACGCGCUGGAGCCGAUGGCGACUACGAGGAGGUGUCCAGCAACCGGGCGGCGCGGAAGAAGAACGCCGGCUACGAGGAGGCGCCCGAUUUCUUCAGGCAGCGGGAUGAUGGUGAGGCUGUUCUGUGCCACGACUGCCAGAAGCCUGCCACCGACAUACGCGCCAUCAUUCCCUGCAGUGUCUGUUCGCUCUACUGGCACACGGAUUGCCUGGACCCUCCUCUGGCUGUGCCACCUGUACUCAAGACAUGGCGCUGUCCAGCACACGCCGAUGAGUUGCUAGCUGAAGCCCCUCCCCUUGCGCCAGCACACCGUUUCCGCAGGAUCAAAGGCGCCCAUAUCAUCACGCCUGCUAUUGGCCGAGGCCUCAAAAAUAAUGGCCACAUUGAGAUUGACUGGAGCGAGGAGCCCGACCUGCCCGAUCAUUCUGGGUGGAAGGACUAUGCCUCCUUUGGUCGCACUUACAAAAUCCCUGCACAGGGUGUUGUCUUAGACUUUAUCGAAAGGAUGCAAAAACAGAAGCACGCCGUUACUACUUUGCAUGAAGACGAACCUCGGAGGACAGCGCCGUAUCUCACACCGCCUGUUGAGGAUCGCGAUCGACUGCCUCCGCCCAACAAGGUGUCUGAGCGAAGCGUUGAUGAGAUGCAGGCCUCGCUUAUCCUGACAAGUUUAUGUCAACCACCCGCCCAAGGUGUCGAUCAACUCACGUCUGCUCUUCUGGCGUCCGCCGAUUCAAACGUUGUCGCUUUGAUUGCUCAGGGCAACGCGGCCAACAUUGCUCGCGAGCAGCUGCAGUCAACAGAUAAACUCAGUCUGCAGACCCUUCUCGCACAGAUGGAGAACAUGUCAGCUACUAUUCGGCAAAUUCUGACUGGAGCAGACUCGACGAAUCUUGGAGCCUCCGCGAUCCAAAACAAGAAGGCUGCAGUCUCGAUCAAGCCCGAUCCUCUUCUCGUUGAACCAACGCCACCGUCUACCAUUGACCACACUGAGAGUGUGAUGGACCUAGAUUAA